AUGUCUUCAAAAGUUCUCAUCCUGGCAGCAAAUGGAUAUAUUGGACUAGGUGUAGCACAGGCUUUCAGUCGAAACGGAUUCAAGAUUUAUGGUUCGGUUCGUUCUGACAAACAUGUCACAAUAUUGCAACAAAACGAAAUCAUCCCAAUUAUUGCACAAAACUUUUCCGAUCUCGUUCAACAUCAUCAUCAAUUAUUGUUGGGUGUGAGUGUGUUGGUCGAUGCGAUUGGUUUAACUGAUCAAACUCAACAAAUUUACGAGCAAGUGUUGGAAAUUGCCAAGGAAAGACAGAGUAAGCAAUAUCCCAAGUUGUUGAAAACUUUCACCUCAGGAAUCAUGACUCUUGGAAAUGCAAGUCAAACAAGCGUCGAUGAAAGUACUCGACCACAACCCACUCAUGAAUGGACUGAACAAAGAAGAUUGUUUGAAUGGAGACUUCUCAAUGAAGAGCAAAAAUCUUUGGACACGACUGUGAUUCGACCUGGAUUUGUGUGUGGUAAGAAUGGAGGAACAAUUUUGAAGGAUUAUUUCACUUCACACAAAAAUCGAAAUGACGGAAAGUUGGUGUUAAUUGGAAGUCCUGAAAAAAGAUGGUCCUGGGUUCAUGUCGAUGAUUUAGGAGAAGGAUAUGUAAGAGCAGAAGCGCAAAGAUCAAGCAUCACACGUGAGUUAUUCAACUUUGCAGCCCCAAAUGACAAUUCAACAUACAAAGAAGUGGAUGAAAAUGGCGAUAAUUGCUGGCUGGAAUGGUGA